ACCGAUGUCCCAGCGGGGGUCAGAGGAGCCGCGGGGCUACGAGGUGCACCUCACUGUGUUCCACGGCUCCUCGCCCGCCGACGUGUCCCACGCCGGCCAGCUGUGGGGCUCCGUGGCGCUCCUCCCGCCGCUCGAGUCGCGCCUCAUCUCCGCAGACAUCAGCCAGCGGCUCCCGGUGGCCCGGAGCUCAGGGAGCAAAACCUCCGUCGGGCCCGGGGCGACCCGUCCCGGGUCGCAGAGGAGAGGAGGAGGAGGGCGGGAGGAGGACGAGGAGGAGGUGGAGGAGCGGAGGAGGAGGUCCGAGGCCAUGGCCGUGCGGAAAGAGGAGAUCCUGGGACUGCUGUGGAGCCAGAGGGAGCGGAGGCUGAGGAGAGAGGAGGUGGGGAGGCCCGGGCUCAGGAACCAGGAGGCCCUGACCCCGCCCGGGACCCGCGGGGAGGCGGCGGACAGAGAGGCGGUUCAGCUCCUCGAGUGA